GCUUCAUACGCGCUGAUGGUUCUGCGCGAUCCGCGUGCGUGCCGCGCGCUGCUUGCGCCAUGUACGACAUUUCGACGCAUUGUUUGGACGAGCGCCGACAAUAUCACAGUUGUGGUUCAGCUUGUCCAAUUAGUUGCUCAACCAGGAAUUCGCCAAGAUGCCACGAAAAUUGCGUAUCUGGUUGUUUCUGCAAAAUUCCGUAUAUUCUUGAGAACGGAAAUGAUCCUCUGCAUUCGAAAUGCAUUCUUCCAUCACAAUGUCCGUUAUUUACAAGUCGAGAGAAUACGGGGACUCCGAUGGCGGCAAUCAUUCCCGUGA